AUGAAUUGGCGACGCUAUGGGCGCAUGAAGCCCGAAUGUCUCCAGGCUGCGGCUCGAACCAUGGUCUGGUCAGAAGCACACUAUGGGACUGUGGAGUCGUGGGAUUUGAUCAGGGAUAACCUGCUGACUCUCACCAAUAGUUUCGCACCCCUGCAUCCCGUUAGGUCACGGACCACCCCGCCCUGGUGGUCCAGUCGAAUGAAAAAAGCCCUUGUUAGAAAGCGGGCCGCGUGGCAACGACUCUGUGCCACAGGCGGCUAUCUUAGACACCUUCAGUACCUACGAGAACGAAAGUCUUUCGACCGCAUCCUCCUGGAUGCCAAAAGAGCCUUUGAGCUUUCCCUGGCCAAGAAAGCAAAACGCCACCCUAAGGCCUUCUACGGAGNGCCGGCAGGAUCCACGCUGAUGGAGGAUGUGGAAAAGGCCCUGGUGAGUUUAGAUAAGGGAAAAGCGGCGGGACCGGACGAAAUCCACCCGGCACUGCUUGGGCCUCUAUGGAGUAUCCUGGCUGCCCCGUUAGCUCGCCUCUUUAAUCUGUCCAUGGCGACAGCCACAUUGCCGAAGGACUGGAAAGUAGCUAAUGUGGCCCCCAUCCACAAGGGAGGCAAUAGGGAGCUAGCCACUAACUAUAGGCCCGUUAGUUUACUCUCAGUGGUCCUAAAGGUCAUGGAAAGACUAUUCAGAGAUAAGAUGGCCAGAUACCUCACCCAAUGCGGCCUGCUGGCGGAGGCUCAGCACGGGUUUCGUCAAGACCGUUCGUGCCUCACAAACCUGCUAGCCUUCCUGGAUGCCGCGACCGAGCGGCUGGACAGAGGGGAGGGAGUCGCAGUCUCCUAUCUGGACUACAGUAAGGCUUUUGACUCCGUCAACCAUCGGUUGCUGUUAGCCAAGCUAGGAUCGAUAGGGUUCCACCCUAGUUUAGUCAGGUGGACUGAGAGCUACCUGACAGGGAGGACCUUUCGCGUACGGGUGUAG